CGGUAAAUAAACAACAACAGCAAAUAUUUUGGUUGCGCCGCUGCGCGUUAAUCAUAGAGCAUUAUUUUUUUGGCGGAUUAAACGGUGUUUGUUAUUUGAUCAGUUUAGUAUCGGUGUUUUAAGGCGGUUUGGGGCCGGACAGUGAGUAGUGGCGCACGUUUGUUUUUUUGUUGUUUUUUGGUUUGUUUUUGGGAAAAGCAGAGUGACAUUCAGCUUUUCAUAACAACAUUCACCUCUGAUGUCUAUCAGUUGAUUUUUUUUUUUUUUUUAAUAUAUAAAUUAUAGGACGCCGUCGCGAAUUAAAUAUCUAGCCAUGGUGAAGGAGACUAAAGCCAAAACUUUUCAAGCAUACAUUGACUCCUGUCACCGUCGUUACAGCUGUGUACACUGCCGAGCUCAUUUAGCCAACCACGAUGAGCUCAUUUCCAAGUCUUUCCAAGGCAGCCAGGGUCGUGCCUAUUUGUUCAAUUCAGUGGUGAACGUGGGCUGCGGUCCGGCUGAGGAGAGGCUCCUGCUGACCGGACUUCAUGCUGUGGCUGACAUUUACUGUGAAAACUGUCACACCACUUUGGGCUGGAAAUAUGAGCAGGCGUUUGAGCUGAGUCAGAAAUAUAAGGAGGGAAAGUACAUCAUUGAACUUUCUCACAUGAUUAAGGACAAUGGCUGGGACUGAUGUUCUCGGUGCCUACCAUCAGCAUGAUACUUUUUUUAUACACUUUUUUUGCAUUACUAUUAAGCACUUUUUUCAUCCCUGAUAACCCAGUUCAUCAGUUUUACAUUUAAAAUGUGGUUGUAAAUCAGUACAAUCAUGUAAACUUUACGCUCCAAUGUGUUUGAGAGAUGUGGAAAAACUUAGGAGCUAAACUUUAAAUUCUUAAAUUUGAAUUAAUUCACAAACCUGGACAAAAGUGACCUGUUCUUAAAGGUCUUGUGACUUUAAUUUCCAUUUUUAGGUUCUAGUUUAAAAGCACGAGGUAGCAGAUAUGAUUGUUUUGGAGAAAUGUUUUACUCUGCAUUAUUUUGUGGUAUCUGCCAUUGAAGGUAUGAUUUUUAUUUCAGUGUGAAAUGCAUUGAGAGACUAAAGGCGAUGUGCAAUAAGUUUGUGUGCGUGUUUGUAAGCGCGCAUGUGUUUUUCUUAAUGUUUUGUCAUGUUUUGUUUUUUCUUUUAAAUGUUUCAAGGUAUAAAAGAAUCCUGUUAAUGGGUUGUAGCAUGUAGGCCAAAUGGUGUAUAUUGUUUCUUGAGACACAUCAGUUACAGUUUAAUUUAGAACGUGAUUGUGACUCUUUGCUUGGCGAAAUGUGGAUUCGAUCAUGUUAGAAUCUGAAAAAGUCUGUAGCAGCUGUCUGUAAAUGCUAAAUUGUUUAGGUUUAUUUUAUCAGUUGGUGUUAUUAAAUUGUCAUGAAUGAAUGUUGUUAGUAUAUGUAAAUACAGAAUAUAUAAAUAAAAUAAGAAUUGUUACUUG